UACGUAAUCUGGAAAUUGUCGUAACAAAACUGAUUAGUUUCAUGUGGUUUUUUGCUUGAAAGUCGAGUCUUUUCUGACGAAAUUGUCGUGUGCGUUUUAUUGAAAUUUCUCGAAAAUAAAAUCGAAUUUAAUAAAGUGUUGCGGUAAUUGAGACGGGAAUCUCGCCCCAAAAUUUUACCAAGACUGACUCCGACUCUAGUUUUAUUGUGUUCCGCGUUUGAUGGACUUUCGGCGAGUUUCUCCCCAAUCGAGUGAUUACAUUGGUCAGACUGGAAUUUGAGGAUUACAAACGUUACCAACCGAAUUUUUUACGAAAUGACCCUCGUGCAAGUUCAGCCAACACACGAUCGUUAAGGGCGACUCGCUGUCAGGCUUGCCAUCCCGACAAAAAUAGAAAAACGGGGCAAUCUUGCCCGAAAUUCGAGCAGGAUCAAACUACUAGUCCGACCAUUCCACGUAAAGGCAGCGAGGCAAGCACGACCAGCAAAAGCAGCACGAAAAGCUUCCAUGGUUGGACGAAAUCGUUGACUCGGCACGCGAAACCUCCCGGUCACAAACGAACACUAUCCUCCGCAUCGACGAAAUCAUGCGAUGCGGGGGAGGAGGCUGCGCAAGCGGCGGCCCCGACUUGCGGACCCUCCUCCCCUGCCACAGGCCGAAAUCAGUCUUGCCAAAACACGCCCGAUUUAGGGAAAUUUGAUAGCUUAGAAUACAUUGAUCAAACUUCCACGUCUCCUGAUAUUAUCGCGAAUAAUAAGGGUUAUCAUACGGUCGAGGAUGACCGCAAAAAGAGUAAGGCGAAAGUUAAAGCAAAACCAGUUGGCGGGAAGAAGAAGAGCAAGAAGGAGAAGGCGAAAAGUUCGUCUUUAAAUAGCGAAGAUGAGAAAAAAGAGAUUAUUACAAAUGUUAGAACGAUUAGUACGGAUGUGGUCCAUACCACGGUUGUUACUACUACCACUAGUUUAAAUAGGUACACGUUUACGAAGAUUGAUGAUAGCGGAUUUAAUGCGGAAAAGAAGGAAAGGACCCACAGUUGUUCCUCCAUACCCUAUGAUAACAUCAUUGAGAAUUUGGCGCCGUUUAGGAAGAGAUUUUGUAAUAUACAACUCUUCAACGAUGACGAAGAUUUACACAACUUUGAAAAACACAAAGACAUGCCAGUACGCAUCAGUAGCGAUUUUCGUUCUGAUAUUGAAAAAGUGAUCGACGGCAUCAUCGGAAUGGCCUUCCAAAUAAUUCAAAAGAACGGCCUCGAAAUUGAAAAAAGCACCAGAAAGAAACUAUCAACCGAUCUCACUUACUCCAAUCGUCUUCGUUGCAUCACCAGCGACAUCCUCACACCGAAAAUAAUAACACACACACCAUCAACUGAUAAUUUAUUAGACGCUCGUAAUUUCGUUGAAGAAUACGAAGAGUAUCACGAUUCGUGUGCGGAAAUUCCCGAUUCGGCAUUAGCCGUCGGUCAGGUUAUAACCGAACUGUCGGAUAACGUCGAUAGGGUGAUAAACGACAAGUGGAAAAACAAGAGAUCAGUUAAACAUGGCGGUGUAACUUGUUUGAUUCCCGUCGAAACGGAUUCGAAUGCAGAAGAUGAACCGGAAGCGCAGAAUGAUAAAAGGUUAUUGGAGGUGGGGGCGAGGUACAACAUACCGAAGAAUUUGUUUAUCAACACUGAAAUGAAGGAAAUUACUGAACAGACCAUCGAUGAGUUGCAUAGAAAUGACGAAAAUGCGGAAAAUAGUGCCGAUAUUGAAAAACCAUUAGUUGUUGAUUUGAAUAGACCUAAAGAGGAUGACGAUGAUGUCUAUAGACCAAUCGCGGUUAGUCCCGAUGGGAGGUUCUUCAAGUACGAGGAGGAGAUCGGGAGAGGGUCAUUUAAGACGGUUUAUCGUGGACUCGACACGGAAACAGGUGUGGCGGUUGCUUGGUGCGAACUUCAAGAGAAAAAACUGAACAAGGCUGAACGACAACGUUUCCGUGAGGAAGCUGAAAUGUUGAAAAAACUCCAACAUCCGAAUAUCGUUCGUUUUUACAACUAUUGGGAGUCGACCGGUACGAAAAAAAAGAACAUUGUUCUAGUCACCGAACUCAUGUUAAGUGGAACACUCAAAACUUAUCUGAGACGUUUCAAAAAAAUCAAUCCGAAAGUAUUAAAGUCAUGGUGUCGACAAAUUCUAAAAGGUUUAGCAUUUCUCCAUUCGAGGUCGCCACCGAUCAUACAUCGUGACUUGAAAUGUGAUAAUAUUUUCAUCACAGGAACGACAGGUUUAGUAAAAAUUGGCGAUCUAGGUUUGGCGACAUUAAAAAAUCGAAGUUUUGCCAAAUCAGUGAUUGGUACGCCUGAAUUUAUGGCACCGGAAAUGUAUGAGGAGCACUACGAUGAAGGUGUGGACGUUUAUGCGUUUGGUAUGUGUAUGUUAGAGAUGGCAACCAGCGAGUAUCCCUAUUCGGAAUGCACAGGACCGGCUCAGAUUUACAAAAAAGUUAUUUCUGGCGUCAAACCGGCAAGUUUUGAAAAAGUUCAAAAUCCUGAAGUCAAAGACGUCAUUGAAAGUUGCAUAAGACCGCGAAAAGAAGACCGACCAAAAGUUAAAGAUCUUCUAACUCAUGCUUUCUUCGAAGAAGAUUUUGGUUUGAAAGUUGAAGUUGUGUCUCAGGAAAACAACAAAGUCGUAUUUAGAUUACGCGUAAUUGAUCCGAAGAAACGCACUCACAAACAUAAAGAAAACGAAGCGAUUCAAUUCGAAUUUGACAUGGAAACAGAUCGGAUAGAUACAAUUUCCGAGGAGAUGGCCAAAUCGGGAAUCAUCUUCGAAGAGGACGCCAAAACCGUGGCUCAACUGCUGAAGGCGCAAAUCGCCCAAAUUACCAAAGAACGCGAACAGAGAAACAAAGAAAAAGAAGCUCUGGCACAACAAAUACAAUAUCAACAAUAUUUGCAACAACAAACUCCUGCAAAUGUUGUCGUACAGCAACAACAACAGCAAGAUUACAACCAGCAGCCGAAUUUAGAGCAACAAUAUCAACAACAACAGCAACAAACGGAGCAGGUGCAGUAUGUGCAACAGAAAAGCGAACCAGGGAUUGUACAAUACACUAUGCAACCUGAAACGGUACAACAACAGCAACAACAAAUUUAUCAACAGGAACAACAUCAAAAUCCUCCAAUACUACAACGCCAACAAUCAAUGGAACCAGUGCAGCAACAACCGAUAAUUCAUAAACAACAACCACCGCAACAGUUUGUUCAACAAAAUUUCGUUGUUGAAGGUCAUCCCCAACAGGCUGAGUUUUUGCAAGUGCAACAGAAUGAUAGUCAACAGCAUAAAAUGUCGAGUAUUUCGCAACCGGAACUAUUGCAUGCGAUGCCGGCCCAAAAUGAGCACAGAUUGAGUGUUGAUAGUCAAUUGGAUACAUUACAGGAACAAAAUUAUCAACAACAGCAGAAUUAUCAAGGGAGUUAUCAACAGCAGCAGCCAGCUCAGAAUUAUCAACAACAACAACCGGCUCAAAAUUAUCAGCAGCAGCAACAACCACCUCAGAAUUAUCAACAAACGCAACCUCAACAACCACCAUCGCAGAAUUAUCAACCAUCACAACAGCAACAACAACCGCCUCAGAAUUAUCAACAGACCCAACCUCAACAACAACCGACACAAACUUAUCAGCAACCACAACAGCAAAUACCGACGCAGAAUUAUCAACAGCCGCAGCAACCACCGGCCCAGAAUUAUCAACAGCCACAACAACCACCGACGCAAAAUUAUCAACAACCACAAGCACAAAAUUAUCAACAACCUCCUUAUCAACCCCCUCAACAGCAGCAACAACCUGCUCAGAGUUAUCCUCAACAACCCACUCAGAGUUUCCCGCAACAGCAAUCUCAACAACCCGCUCAGAGUUAUCCCCAACAACAACAACAGCCUCAACAACCACCGCCUCAGAAUUACCCUCAACCGCCUUCGCAGAAUUAUCAACAGCCUCAACAACAACAACAACCACCGGCCCCUAAUUAUCAACAACAACCGCCACCACCUGCGCAAAAUUUUCAACAACCGGCGUCGCAGAAUUACCAACAACCUUACCAAACUCAACAGAGUUACACCGAACCCGUUAUACAAAGAGUAUCAACAGUGGCGCCACCCAAUAUUCAACAACAACAAGAAUACAAUCAAGCUCAACAAACUAAUAUUAUUGUUCAGCAACAACCACAACAAAAUUACACUCAAGCGCCGACCACGUUUCAACAACAACCACAACAACAACCGGUUUAUCAACAGCAGCAGAGUUACGUUCAACCUCAAGUAGAACAGGCUUUUUCAGAACAACAACAAGCUCCGAUUCAACAAUUUGUUCAACAACAAUCGGUCGAUCAGUUGUAUCAACAGCAACAACAGUUUCAACAAGUUAUUCCACAACAAAUCGAGCAACAACCCCCGGACCAACACUCUGGAGGGCAUCGCCUCUCGGGGGAAGUCCCACCUCCUAUGAAUUUAGUCGAAUUACAGCAAAAACUCGCCCAACAACAUCGCGUUUCAACAGCCUCUCUUCCUCCAAUGUCGACUUUUGACACUCAACCGCUUGACACUCGUCGAUUGUCGACUGUUUCGCAGCCACCAUCAAUGCAAGAGUACAUUCAACAACAGCAAAUUGUCGAAAAGGAAUCAAUUGAGGAGUUACAACCUAAUAAAGAGGAAAGUAAAGAGGACAUUUCCACUUCGGAACAAGUAAGUGAAGAAACAUCGACUGAAGACAAACCAAAAACACGAAAACAAAGAUCAUUGAGUACAAGACAACAAUUGAUUGUUCAAAACGUUCAUCCUGAUGGAACGGUUGAAUGUCAGCUGCUUUGCAAACAGAAAACGAUUAGUUUUAAGUUUAAUAGGUUUGAUACAACACCGACCGAUAUAGUGGAGGGAAUGAUCAAGCAGGAGUUAUUGAAACCAGGACCGUAUAAGCAUUUACACGAACAUUUGAAAGAUGUGAUGGAACAGUUGAAGAAUAAUCCUGAUAAGGUGCCGGAGAGUCCGAAGCCGUACGUGCAGAAGGUCAGACACGCAUCUCUUACGAGAUAUCCGCAUAAAAAAACACACAGACGACACAGAUCUCGUGACGACAGUAGUGGCCAGAUGUUGAUAAAACCCGGCUUCGAGACAUACGAAGACACUUUCCAAGGUUUAAAAUCGACACUUUCGGAAAAACUCACUCAGAAUUUGCGUUGUCGUGAAAGUCUCAAUAGUAGCGGAACUGUUUCACGAAAGACAAGCACGGCGAGCGAUUACACUCCUGAAAAUACGUACGUUUCGAAUAAUCGAAGCGACCAAUCGACAACAGUGUCGUUUUCGAGCGACACCUGUGUGUCGGUUUUAAAACAACCGGAAGUGGUCGAAGACGUCAAAAGCGAAAUUGAUGGCUCUCAAGAUGUCCUAAAGGACGAACUAAACGAUAGUUUGAAGCGAAAAGACGACGUGAAACUUGUUCCUGGUCAAAAAGUAGACUUAAAAGUGUUUAUUUUACGCACCGAAAACGAAUCACGUGACCAAAACGAUGAACCCGAGGAAAAACCGAAGGAAGAAAUUGAGAAAAAUGAAGAAAAGGUCGAAACGACGGUUUUAAAAGUGCCACAAAGGAAAAUCUCGAGGUUUUUGGUGAGUCCGGUCCUGUCUGGUGAAUUAGAUUUGCCGAAAGAUAAGGAUUUCGGUCCGGAAACAACCGAAGAAGAAGUUCCGACUCAAACAAAAUCUGAAAAUUUACGAAAAAGUUCGGCCCCUGUUGAAUCCUCGACGAAAACUCUCGAUGUUGAUAAAUCGAGCGAACAGAAAGUUAGUGUAUGUUCUCUGAAAGAGGAAUCGACUUGUGGAAAAGAAGAACCGGUCAUGUGUGGUCCUGAAAUGAUAAACACCCUCGAACAAUUGAAAAUCAGUCUUGAUAAUCUCAAAAAUAGCAUGCAUCCGAAAAAAGACUCGUCCGAAACUGAUCCGAAAAAAAUCGUAGUGACAACUACCACCAAUCAACAGUUUGUGACUGCAGCGCCGCCGGUACAACAGCAACCUGUACAAUUCCCUCCUCAACAGCAGAAUCUCAUCUUGCAACAGCCGACGAAUUAUCAACAACCGGUCUCACAAGCAUCACCCCCACAAAUGGUGUUGAAUUUACCAAAACCUGUUGAAAUACCCGCCACUAAUGUGAUUUAUCAAGCGCCACAGACGUCGAUAAUGUCGGGAUCUGUAUCCGUACAGAAUUUAUCGAUGCAACCGCAACAACAAUUCCAACAUUCGGUUUCGGUUGAUGAUAAUGCGUUGAAUUUGCAUCAACAGGGCGGUAUGGGAGUGAAAAAACUCCCCUUGGAGAAUUUAAAACAGAUAACUGAGAGUGCGUCCGGACGUGGUAGUCAAGCCUCGACACCUCAAUUGGACGUCAAAUACGACGCUCAAUUGCAAAAUCUACAACAGCAACUGUCCUCGAUUCCGUUAGCCCGGACUCAAACCACGGCGCCAUCUAGUCCGCAAGCUAACCCAGCUAAUUUGGAAUUUCCUCAAGAAUCUCUUAUCACUAACGCUAUCAAUAAAUUGCAAAUCGAGUCCGCUCCUGGCAGUGGUGCCACCUCUUCGGAAGUUUUAUCACCAGUCUUGGAAGUUGAUGUCGAAUUUAAAGCCAAGCAGUUGGCAGAAUUGAAUAACCAACUUAAGAAAAUUAAUCGACCGGAAGUCAUAGUGGAAGCGGGCGAGUCGCUGCUGUCACCGGAAAUUGCCGAAUCGAAAGAACGGAAAGUGUCAAGGUUCAAAGUCAGUGUGGUUACAGAACCUGACCGAAAUAAACUAGUGGUAGAGCAAGACAAAAAGGAUGAAGAAACGAAAAAAGAUUCAGAUUAUACGAGCGUCAUCAAUAAUACUUUUGACAGUUUAGCGAAUAUUUUAGUAGGGACUUUACCGCCAAAUUCGACAGAAUUCGCACCGGAAGUGAAUCAAGUAAAACAUGCAGUUGGCACCACUGUACACCAUUCUAAUAUUAAAUCACCAAAAUCAUUAUCAUAUACCGAUUUAAAAAAGGAAAUUGAACAUAUCUUGCCGAUAAGGAGGACUUCUGGCGAAGGCAACCCCAGGAGGUUAUCGGGGGGCCGUCGCAUGUCGAAAACCUUCCGUCAAUACCCACAAAUCGUCAUUCACCCCCCUGACGAGUCACUCACCUCUAGUUUACCAGAUAUCAAUGCCUGUAUUGACGAACCACAAAUUGUUAUCAAUAACGUUAGUGAUAAGAAUGUCAGUUGUCCCGAUUUGACAGAUCAACAAUUGUACGAUGACAGUUUAUUCACUACCAAUCUAAGAAAACGAAAAUCACCAAGAAAACGAAAGUUUGCGAAAAAGAAACGCAAACGAAAAGGGGAGUCACCGACGGAUUUGUUGAAAAAAAACUGGAAAUUUAAACAUUCCGCAUCGAUGCAUAAUUUAAAAAGUCACAUGAUGCAAAUGACUGACGAUUUUGAUAAUUAUCAUACGGUUCAUGGCGGGUUUAGUAAUUUAGAUAUGUACGCGUUUGAUAAUUACAGUCGUACCAACAGUACGGAGGUCGUUUACAAAUGUUGUUGCGGGAGGAGACUGUGCGAAGCAGUGGUGCCAAUCCAACAAUAUUUGGAAACUUAUUUCGUCACCAAGAGGAAAGAGACUUUUGAAGAAAUGUUGAAUAGACAAAAGGCUGAAUUGAAUGCUUUAAUGGAAGCUCAUCGUAAGCAGCAGUUGGAGUUUAUGGAGUUUCAUAGGAGACAAAUUGAAGAAAAUAAGAAAAUGUGAGAUCGGUUUAACUAGAUGGUCAUAAGUGAGAACGAAGGCUGUAUAUUACUAUUUGUUUAUUUGUAUAAUAUUCAAUUUAAAAUAUUAAAUAUAAUGAAUUGAG